GAAGAAGAAGAAAAAGGAAAAGAAACAGAGGAAACAUGGAAGCUCAGAGUCUCCCAAACCCAUGUUCCUUCAAUGUUCUCACAUUCUUUUUCAUCAUUCUUCUAUUAAUCUCCCACCAUACCCAACCAGUCUCAGCCUCCACCGCCACGGCCACCGCCUCCACCAUGCAAGCCUACACAAACUUCAUCAGCGCCGCUUGCAACACAACAACAUAUCCUCCACUUUGCUUCAAAACCCUCUCUCGUUAUGCCGUCGUUGUCCAAACCAACCCCUGGAAACUCAGCAACGCCGCCCUCAAUGUCACCUUAAAAGCCGCAAAGAGCACGUCUAAAUUGGUGUCAAAGCUCGCUCAACAUAAUGGUCUCACUCCCAGAGAUGUAGCUGCCAUAAAGACCUGCGUAGAGAACGUAAAAAGCAGCAUUGAUGAGCUCAAGCAAUCUAUUCAGGCAAUGGGAACGGUUGGUAGUAGCUCUGAUAAGCGGUUUCAGAUGGAUAGUGUCAAGACUUGGAUGAGUGCCGCCAUCACCGAUGAGACUACUUGUACAGAUGGAUUUUAUGGCAGCAUAGUGAGUCCCAGUGUGAAAAACAUGAUCAAUAAAAGCAUUUUGAAAUUCACCAGACUUACUAGUAUUGCUUUGGCUCUCAUCAACAACCUCACUUAUUAACAACGCAACAAUGAAAUAGUGUUUGAUGAAGUGAUUUUCUUUUUUCAUUUGCUUUUUUGGUUGAAAUUUUCAUUGUGAUAUUUGGUUUGGUAAAAAGAAAAGAAGUAUAUAUUCCAAAUGAAAUUGUGGUUUACCAAUUUAGUACAA